CAGUUGCUAUAGCAACAUACCCAGUCAGCCGCCAUUUUGUUAGUGGAUUUUUUUCAAAUAAUUUCCCUUCCCGCCGGAAUAAUAAAUUUAUUUUAAAAAACUAAUGGCAACGGAAUUUGAAAUAAUGCAUCGUCGGCAUCAGGUUAAGGAACUCGGGAGGCGUAUGAAUUUGUAAAAGGUAAAUAUUUUGAGGCUGCGCCGACCUGAGCGGUUGUCCGUGUCUCUAUGGUCUGCCGGGCCGGUUCGCUGCGCAGGUUUGGAACGCGCGCCAUUUUGUGAAAUUUACAAAAAAAACAUCCUUGCCCAAGAAAACAAGGUUUACAGCUGUUGGAUCGACGGUUUUUGGACAGAUCAUUUCGGAAAACUACGUCUUGGUGCAGACGGGAGUCACUGGCGGCGAGCAUUUGCCGUGGUUACGGGAGAAGGUUCGUUUUUUUUUUUCUCCAGCCCCUCUCAACGAGCAAGUUUGUGUUUAGUUGUUGGAGAGGCGCUGUUGAUUUGGAAAUUGAAUUGACACCGAGUCCGGAGGAGUGAGGGCUGUUGGUUUGGAAAUCUGAGGGGCUCGCUGGAGGAGAGGAGAGGCUGGAGGAUUUUACUUCACCCCACGGCACACGGGACCCCAAAUGAAGACUAAUUUUCACAGAAGGCGAGAGAGCGAUACGAACAGAUAAAGAUCUACACCAAUGAUUGUGCUGGCUAUAGACAAACUAGAGCAUCAAGCUUUGAGAGUUUCUUUUGGAAAGGAAGGGGUAUUACCACCCAAAACCCACCUGCAAGUUGGCCUAGUGAAUUGUGGUUUGCUGCUGGACUCUCCUCCCAGGAUGAUAUGAGAUUUAACAGAAGACGAUGCAUACAGGAGGAGAGACUUCAGCAUGCAAACCUUCAUCUGUUCGGCUUGCGCCUUCGUUUUCUUUUCAUGCUGCUGGCCUUCAGAUGGCUGCACCGAUGCCUCAUUCGCACCAGCAGUACAGUGACCGUCACCAGCAAAGUAAUGACCCAUCUGUCACAGCAUUACCAUACAGCGACCAGGCUCAGCAGCCAAUUGCCAACCAGGUGACUCCUGAUGUUGUCAUGUUACAGAGGCGGAUGCCCCAAACUUUCCGUGAUCCAGCCAGUGCUCCUUUGAGGAAGCUGUCUGUUGACCUGAUCAAAACUUACAAACACAUCAAUGAGGUAUACUAUGCAAAAAAGAAGAGACGACAUCAGCAAGGCCAGGGAGACGACUCUAGUCACAAGAAAGAACGCAAGGUGUACAAUGAUGGCUACGAUGAUGACAACUAUGAUUACAUAGUGAAGAAUGGGGAGAAGUGGAUGGACCGCUAUGAAAUUGAUUCCUUAAUAGGAAAAGGGUCAUUUGGACAGGUGGUGAAGGCAUAUGACCGUGUCGAGCAGGAGUGGGUCGCAAUUAAGAUCAUCAAGAACAAGAAGGCUUUCCUAAACCAAGCGCAGAUUGAAGUGCGGCUCCUUGAGCUCAUGAACAAACAUGACACUGAGAUGAAAUACUACAUAGUUCACCUUAAGCGUCACUUUAUGUUCCGGAACCACCUCUGCCUAGUCUUUGAGAUGCUGUCAUACAAUCUCUAUGACUUGCUGCGCAACACAAAUUUCCGUGGAGUCUCGCUGAACCUGACACGCAAGUUCGCUCAACAGAUGUGUACAGCACUGCUAUUCCUUGCCACACCUGAACUCAGCAUCAUCCACUGUGACUUAAAACCCGAGAACAUCCUACUUUGUAAUCCUAAGCGAAGCGCCAUCAAAAUAGUUGAUUUCGGUAGUUCUUGCCAACUGGGGCAAAGGAUAUACCAGUAUAUCCAAAGUCGUUUCUACCGAUCCCCUGAAGUGCUGCUAGGCAUGCCUUAUGACCUCGCUAUAGACAUGUGGUCUCUUGGCUGUAUUCUAGUUGAAAUGCAUACUGGAGAACCUCUCUUCAGUGGAGCAAAUGAAGUGGAUCAAAUGAACAAAAUUGUUGAAGUUCUUGGUAUCCCUCCCAGUCACAUUUUGGACCAGGCGCCAAAGGCACGGAAGUUUUUUGAGAAGCUGUCUGAUAGCACAUGGGGUGUGAAGAAGACCAAAGAUGGAAAAAGGGAGUAUAAACCCCCAGGUUCCCGUAAACUUCAUAAUAUCCUUGGAGUUGAAGCAGGGGGUCCAGGAGGCCGACGAGCUGGGGAAUCUGGUCAUGCUGUAGCUGACUACUUGAAGUUCAAGGACCUCAUUUUAAGAAUGCUGGACUACGACCCCAAGACACGCAUUCAGCCCUAUUAUGCCCUGCAGCACAGCUUUUUCAAAAAGACAGCUGAUGAAGGGACAAAUACAAGCAACAGUGUGUCAACAAGUCCUGCCCUUGAGCAAUCACAGUCUUCAGGAACCACUUCCAGCACCUCUUCAAGUUCAGGUUCCUCUGGAACAAGUAACAGUGGAAGAGCAAGGUCCGACCCCACCCAUCAGCAUCGGCACAGUGGAGGGCACUUCAGUGCAGCUGUACAGGCUAUGGAGUGUGAAACCCAUUGUCCACAGGUGAGACAACCAUACCCCCCGCCUGUGGGAUGGGCUGGCGGUGACGGUCCACAGCAAGUCACCGUGGAAACUCACCCGGUCCAGGAGACUACUUUCCACGUGCCUCCACAGCAGCCCAAUGCAUUACAUCACCACACGAGCAGCAACAGCUCCCACCACCACCACCAUCACCACCACCACCAUCACCACGGUCAGGGCCUGGCCACACGUAAUCGCCCACGGCUCUACAAUUCCCCCACUAACAGCGCCUCCACACAGGAUUCCAUGGAGGUGGUGCACAGCCACCUGUCCAUGACCUCCCUGUCUUCCUCUGCCUCCUCUUCCUCCACAUCUUCCUCCUCGACUGGGAACCAGGGCAACCAGGCCUAUCAGAACCGCCCGGUCGCUGCCAAUGCCUUGGACUUUGGCCAAAAUGGCAGCAUGGACAUGGGAUUGGGUGUCUUCUCGAAUCCCCGCCAAGAGACUGGCAUAACGGGACAUCCGACUUACCAGAUUGCGACAAACACAGGGCCUGCUCACUACAUGACUGAGGGACAUCUGGGCAUGAGACAAGGAAUAGACAGGGAGGAGUCUCCGAUGGCAGGCGUCUGCGUCCAGCAGAGUUCUGUGGCUAGUUCGUGACUAAACUGAGAAUGGGUUUGUUUUUUUCUGUGUGUAUUUUUUAAGGUGGUGUUUUUCAACAAAGUGCAUAGAGAUCAAAAGCUGCUUAAAUCAGAAGGGAGAUUAUCACUGAACCGCUACCACAGUGCAGAGCCCAUCUUUUGUUUUGUUCUCGUUUUUUUUUUUCAGUUUUUCCUCGAUUCUUAUUUUUUUAUAGAUGAUAACCAAGUAAGCAGAAGGACUGCAAAAUAAGUAUAGCAAAAACCAUGUUUAAAAAACCUCCAUCAAUCAUUUCACAUCUUGCUUGUUCAAAACCAGGUAUUACAUGGCAUUGGGCUCCAUCUUAAGAUCUUACUGAGCAAAAGAUUUCUGUGGUUAGAAAACUUACUGGAAAUAGUUUUUCUGGUGGUUAUUAGUAAAGAACUAUAAAUACACAGAAACAGUCAUAAGAGUUAAACCCCUAAUAUACAUUGACAUUUUUCCGUGGGCAGGUUAUUUUUCUUUUCUUAAUUUUUACUUGUCAUUUAUGUUGUGCAAUUCCUCAAAAGAGCUGUGCAUAGAACCUGUAGUGUUGCAAGGAGCACUUGCAGUGAAAUUACAUCUCGCAUCAGUUUUAUAUUGCGCUUUUGUGAGGGGGCACAUUCCGAUGGAGUCCUGUCGGCAGAUGCUAGGUGGUCACUGAAGUUUUACACUUGUGUACUCGUUCGGAGGCAGCAGUUAGCACAGCGGUUUGCAGCAUGCUUGGGUCCCAAGAGCCUGGGACCUAGGUCAGUUGGGAACUCACGGGUCCAUACCGAAGAGAUGCACUGAGAAGCAAUCACAAGGUCUGUUUUGGCCUACCCUAGGGAUGUCUGUGCGGCGGCAGUCUUUAGAGAUAACCCUUUGGCCUUAUGAAUAUUGGACUCUGAAUGGAUAUAAAGAAGCUGGACAUUAUCAUUUAAAUGAAAAAUAGCUUUCCUGUAUUUUUGAACUCUAGACAGCCCUUAAUUCUUUACAAAAAAGAAAAAAUAGAAAAAGAUAUUUGAGAAUGGUAAUUUAAGAGGCCUUUCUUUAAAGUUUAUGACUUCAAUAAUCCUAUGAUUGCAGGGUUUUGGAAGUUCACAUUUGUGUCCUAAAGUUGACUUGGUAAAAUAACUGAAGGUCACAGAAGUAGUAGUGCGAGAUGGAUGGAAAAAGCUACGACUGUGUCCCUUCCUGCUUUUUACUUGCUUUUUCUUUGCUUUUUAUUUUCUUCAGCAUGUUUUUCCUUCAACAAGAACUUCUGCACAAAUGUGUUCUGUUCAUCUUGAACAUAAAAAAAUGAAAACAUGCAGAAUUUUAUGUGACUGCUUUUUUGCCUCACAAUUAUGCUGUGAAUUUUACAAGAAUUUAUUUUCCCUUUUGAUAAUUUAUUGUACCAAAGCUGUUUUUUUUAUAGCACAUAGAUGUCUGUAACCAAUAAUGUAGCAGUUCUGCACUUUGACACAAGGUGUAUCUAGACCUUUUUUAAAUGUCAGUAAAAAAUGGCUGUAUCUAUUGCUUUAGCAAAACUGGAACUGUUGUUGAACUCUCAGUACAUUUACUGUUAGCUGUAUCCUGGACAAAAUUGGUUGUAACCUUUUUAUUUCUAAAUUUCAUUUAAAAAAAUCCUGUUCAUUGGUAGAAUUUUGUUUUGGUUUUUAAGGACUCAAGGGACAGUAGGUGCAGGUAUUUUAAGUUACUCUGCGGGUUCCGGAGUACCAGGAUUACGGCUGAUGUCUCAAGGCAAGACCUUGUAUUCGUAUGUCGGAGAACUAUGUGAGCAACAGUAGAAACUCAUGUUCGGGAUCUGGGUUUUAUCAGGCUAUUUCAAAUGUGCCUAAUUUAAUGGGUAAUGCUGCCUUAAUUACUUAACACAGUCAGCAUGGCAGUGGCUAGAGUGGUACCCUCUUUAUUAACUAAGAAGCAGUUUAAGUCCAGUGAUGAAGGCACUGUAUACAACUUGUCAUUUAGAUGAGAAAAAUGUGCUACAGCAUUUGAAAAAGCACUGAAAACAAAAUUACAAUCCACAUCUGACUGGAGCCCUGCUGAUAGACAUUUAUCCAAAGGAAACAAUAGUGACCAUAAAAAGAGUAUGUCCUGCCAACUGGAGAUAAAUAAUUUAGCAUCUUUGUCAAUUUGGGGAAAUUGGCCUCAGUAUGUUAGAGUGGACCACUUUUAAACUAGACUAAAUGGCGCCAUCUGGAAAUCUAUCUUUGAGCCAGAAUGCAGGUUUUAGGUGUUUACGUUUUGCCCCUUGAUAGUUAAAAUUUAUGUAUAUAUUUAUAUUUUUUUAAUAAAGGAAGUUUAGAAUUCACCACUUUUUUUCCUGAUGGUAUUUUAAUUACUGUUAAAGUGUAUGUGGAAAACAUGCAGUGGAAGUUAUCUGUGAUUGCAGUAAAGGGUUGACAGUGCUUCCAGUCUUUAGCGGUUAACUAUCCCAGUAAGGGCAAAAGUACAGGCUUUAAAUCUAAAAGUCACAGAGGAAAUGGUAGACCCUCUGACAUAUUUAAGUAUUUCCCGACUGGAUAGUUUGUUUGUUUUUCCUCUACAAAGCUGGAUACAAGUGAGUCUUUAAUUAUACAUAAUAUGUAUACAGGAUACCAUUUAUUGUUAAAUUUAAUUGGCAAAGGCUUCAAUAGUGGGUCCAUUUUAUAUCUAGCUACUAUAAUUGUGUUGGGCGCACACAACUAUCAACACAUUAAUAUAAUCUGUACAUCAUUAAACUCUUCAAAAGUCCAGUACUUCUACAGGCUUUUCUCCCUCUUUCUUAUUUUGAAUUUUAUUCUUUUAUUUGAUUUUUUUUCUUUUUCCCCAGUCCAGUUUUGAGUGAUUGACUACACGGUUUGGUUACAGGACGUCUGACGUGCACUGUAAACAUGAACAGCAUGGGAAAAAAAAGGAUAAGUACCUGUGUCCACAGAUUGUAAGAUCUAGUCAAGACUUGCUGUGUAUAUUCUAAUGUUACAAAAAAGACAAAUGGACAAGCCCUUUGUAUUAUAUUCAAGCGGUCUUAUGUAUGAUAAAAAGUUGAUUAAUUUGUCCUGAGA